ACCCCAGCGUUUCGUCUUUGUUAAUGCCGGAAUAACAAUGGAAGUAUCCUUUGAACCUGAGGAGGAAGAAGAGCGCCAAACCAGACAAUACAUCGAUGUGGCAGACUCAUCUAGGGUUUCACAGAACGAGAGUGAGAAUCAAAGAGGGUCGUCAGAAAGUGUUUGUUCAUCAUCGUCUUCAGGAUUGCAGGAGGAUAAAGAAUCAUUAUGUUCGAUCUGUAUGGAAGUUUGGACCAACGGUGGCGAACAUCAAGUCUCUUGUCUUCCAUGUGGACACUUGUAUGGAUUUUCUUGCAUCAACAAGUGGUUACAACAUCGACCAAGUUCAGGAAAGUGUCCUCAAUGCAACAGAGCAUGUAGCUUGAAAGAUGUCGUGAAAAUUUACGGAUCAAAGGUUGCUGCAGUAGAUGAUCAAGCACAAAAGAGAAUCGCACUUCUCGAAGAGAAGACUGCGAGUUUGAGUAACAAAGAAGCACAAUGGAGAGAAAUGGAAGCAGAGUUACGAUUAGAACUUAAUAAUCUGAAGAAAAAGAUCUAUCAAGAACGUCAUGGACAUGAACCCUCUUACAGCUUUAAACAUAAGGAAGAAGUGUUGGUUAAUGGUGGUCGUAUAUUCGACAUAGAUGGUGGUAGACAGAUUUUGUUAUUAGCCCGUAGGCUCUCAGGCAGUGGUGGUACGUUUGUGCUUACGCAAAUGAACUUACAUUCGGGUGAGAUUGAAGAUGAUAUUUUGUUGCCUAGUACCUCUAGGGCUAUUAAAGAUCUUCGCCUUUCGCCUCACAAUAACGGGCUUGCGGUAUUUGGUACUCUAGGGAAAAAGUUAUCAGUCAUAAGCUUGGAUAGUCACAACACCGUCUUAUCUUAUGAUCAUCUACCAGCUGCACCUUGGUCUUGUUCUUGGGAUCUCAACAAUUGCCACCAUGUUUAUGCUGGACUACAGAAUGGAAUGGUAUUAGUAUUUGACAUGCGUCAAACGACAGGACCUUUGGCGUCAUUGGCUGGCGUAACAAGCAAUCCGGUUCAUAGUAUCCAUCAUCUCUCUGCUAAUUCCACUCCAACAUCUGAUGUCCGUGCCCUCUUAUCCGCUUCUUCCACGGGGCUGUGUCAGUGGAACAUCAGUGGCAGCGAGGGAUGGUCAACUUUGGUUUCUGUUACAAGAAACCUAGGAAUUUGCAUAGCCUCCUCGUAUUGCCCUCGUAGCAAUCAUGUGGUUGCCUCUUAUAAACGGAGAGUUGAAUCUUCUGAGGAUAGUAAUGGUGUAGAAGGAUUUCAUGUUUGUCUCAAGAGAAGAGGUGAUGGUUCUUAUACUCAGAAACAGUCAUCCACACAAGCUAGAGUUGAUUCCAUCGGUUUUCCAAGAACAGCGAUUAUAGACUUUGGCGAGGAAAGGACACAACUUUUUGCAUCUUAUGAAGAGUCCACUCGUGAGCUCAUCUUGCAAGAUCCUUGGUCUUUUGCUGUCUCUCAACGGUUUGCAUUGUCAAGUCAUCUUCCGCUUCAAGACGUGAAAUACGCUAACCUCAAUGGAUCAGGUCUGCUCGGUCUCUUAACCGAUGAUAGAUUGCAGUUUCUUAGAAGCGAAUCGCCAUGAAAAGGAAAAAGAUUGAUCGUUAUUGUAGGGAUAGAAAAACAGUGUUUGUGUAAGAGCAAACAUAUAUGUAAAGUGACCAACUUCUCUAUCUUUGAAUGCUACUAUUAUUCAAAAAUCUAUAGCUCCAAUAAAUUGUUUAAAGUAAA